GAAUGGUCUUAAGUUCUCCUGUUCUGUAACCAACAGGAGGACUCACAAAUGGCAGUGGAAGAUACAUCUCUGCUGCUCCAGGCGCUGAAGCCAAGUACCGCAGUGCAAGCAGCGCCUCCAGCCUCUUCAGCCCGAGCAGCACUCUUUUCUCUUCCUCUCGUUUGCGAUAUGGAAUGUCUGAUGUCAUGCCUUCUGGCAGGAGCAGGCUUUUGGAAGAUUUUCGAAACAACCGGUACCCCAAUUUACAACUGCGGGAGAUUGCUGGGCAUAUAAUGGAAUUUUCCCAAGACCAGCAUGGAUCCAGAUUCAUUCAGCUGAAAUUGGAGCGUGCCACACCAGCUGAGCGCCAGCUUGUCUUCAACGAAAUCCUCCAGGCUGCUUACCAACUCAUGGUGGAUGUGUUUGGAAAUUACGUCAUUCAGAAGUUCUUUGAAUUUGGCAGCCUUGAACAGAAGCUGGCUUUGGCAGAACGGAUUCGAGGCCAUGUCCUGUCGUUGGCACUACAGAUGUAUGGCUGCCGUGUUAUUCAGAAAGCUCUUGAGUUUAUUCCUUCAGACCAGCAGGUAAUUAAUGAGAUGGUUCGGGAACUAGAUGGCCAUGUCUUGAAGUGUGUGAAAGAUCAGAAUGGCAAUCAUGUGGUUCAGAAAUGCAUUGAAUGUGUACAGCCCCAGUCUUUGCAAUUUAUCAUCGAUGCGUUUAAGGGACAGGUGUUUGCCUUGUCCACACACCCUUAUGGCUGCCGAGUGAUUCAGAGAAUCCUGGAGCACUGUCUCCCUGACCAGACACUCCCCAUUUUAGAAGAGCUUCACCAGCACACAGAACAACUUGUACAGGAUCAAUAUGGAAAUUAUGUAAUCCAACACGUAUUGGAGCAUGGUCGUCCUGAGGAUAAAAGCAAAAUUGUAGCAGAAAUCCGAGGCAAUGUACUUGUAUUGAGUCAGCACAAAUUUGCAAGCAAUGUUGUGGAGAAGUGUGUUACUCACGCCUCACGUACGGAGCGUGCUGUGCUCAUCGACGAGGUGUGCACCAUGAACGACGGUCCCCACAGUGCCUUAUACACCAUGAUGAAGGACCAGUAUGCCAACUACGUGGUCCAGAAGAUGAUUGACGUGGCAGAGCCAGGCCAGCGGAAGAUCGUCAUGCAUAAGAUCCGGCCCCACAUCGCGACUCUUCGUAAGUACACCUAUGGCAAGCACAUUCUGGCCAAGCUGGAGAAGUACUACAUGAAGAAUGGCGUUGACUUAGGACCCAUCUGUGGCCCCCCCAAUGGUAUCAUCUGAAGCAGUGUCACCCGCUCUUCCCUCAUUCCCACUGACCUCACUGGCCCACUGGCAAAUCCAACCAGCAACCAGAAAUGUAGUGUGGAGUCUGAGACGGGCAAACGGUUGCUCCAGGAUUACUCCCUCCUCCAAAAAAGGAAUCAAAUCCAUGAGUGGAAAGCCUUUGUAAAUUUAAUUUUAUUACACAUAACAUGUACUAUUUUUUUUAAUUGACUAAUUGCCCUGCUGUUUUACUGGUGUAUAGGAUACUUGUACAUAGGUAACCAGUGUACAUGGGAGGCCACAUAUUUUGUUCACUGUUGUAUCUAUAUAUCACAUGUGGAAACUUUCAGGGUGGUUGGUUUAACAAAAAAAAAAUCUUUAAAAAAAAAAAAGAAAAAAAAAAAAAAAGAAAAGGUUUUUAGCUCAUUUGCCUGGCCGGCAAGUUUUGCAAAUAGCUCUUCCCCACUUCCUCAUUUUAGUAAAAAACAAACAAAAACAAAAAAACCUGAGAAGUUUGAAUUUUAGUUAAAUGACCCCAAACUGGCAUUUAACACUGUUUAUAAAAAAUAUAUAUAUACAUAUACAUACAUAUAUAUAUAUAUAUAUAUAUAUAAAUGAAAAAGGUUUCAGAGUUGCUAAAGCUUCAGUUUGUGACAUUAAGUUUAUGAAAUUCUAAAAAUUGCCUUUUUUGGAGAUGAUAUGCCGAGGAAGGCUGUUUGUGAGGAGGAGACGCGAGCACCCAGAGCGUCUUUUGAGGCUGGGCGGGUGUGACUGUUUACUGCCUACUGGAUUUUUUUCUAUUAACAUUGAAAGGCAAAAUCUGAUUAUUUAGCAUGAGGAAAAAAAAUCCAACUCUGCUUUUGGUCUUGCUUCUAUAAAUAUAUAGUGUAUACUUGGUGUAGACUUUGCAUAUAUACAAAUUUGUAGUAUUUUCUUGUUUUGAUGUCUAAUCUGUAUCUAUAAUGUACCCUAGUAGUCGAACAUACUUUUGAUUGUACAAUUGUACAUUUGUAUACCUGUAAUGUAAAUGUGGAGAAGUUUGAAUCAACAUAAACACGUUUUUUGGUAAGAAAAGAGAAUUAGCCAGCCCUGUGCAUUCAGUGUAUAUUCUCACCUUUUAUGGUCGUAGCAUAUAGUGUUGUAUAUUGUAAAUUGUAAUUUCAACCAGAAGUAAAUUUUUUUCUUUUGAAGGAAUAAAUGUUCUUUAUACAGCCUAGUUAAUGUUUAAAAAGAAAAAAAUAGCUUGGUUUUAUUUGUCAUCUAGUCUCAAGUAUAGCGAGAUUCUUUCUAAAUGUUAUUCAAGAUUCAGUUCUCACUAGUGUUUUUUUUAAUCCUAAAAAAGUAAUGUUUUGAUUUUGUGACAGUCAAAAGGACGUGCAAAAGUCUAGCCCUGCCCGAGCUUUCCUUACAAUCAGAGCCCCCUCACCUUGUAAAGUGUGAAUUGCCCUUCCCUUUUGUACAGAAGAUGAACUGUAUUUUGCAUUUUGUCUACUUGUAAGUGAAUGUAACAUACUGUCAAUUUUCCUUGUUUGAAUAUAGAAUUGUAACACUACACGGUGUACAUUUCCAGAGCCUUGUGUAUAUUUCCAAUGAACUUUUUUGCAAGCACACUUGUAACCAUAUGUGUAUAAUUAACAAACCUGUGUAUGCUUAUGCCUGGGCAACUAUUUUUUGUAACUCUUGUGUAGAUUGUCUCUAAACAAUGUGUGAUCUUUAUUUUGAAAAAUACAGAACUUUGGAAUCUG